UAAUGGACCCGUUACAUUCCACCCCAUGACCUGAACCAAACACACCCUAGACACCUUGGGCGGAUCACAUCCACCUGACGCACCAGCUCGCCCAUCUUCUUCCUGCCGUUCCCUCGAAAAAAAGAACUUCCUGCCGGCCGCCGCCUCGCGAUCCCAGCUCCAUUCCCACGAACUUUUCGAACUUCCCCUCUCGGUCCAAGCUGAACUCUACCGGCUGCCGCUCCCGACCUCUCACAGGAUACCCAAUUUGAAGCCGCUGGUGCCUGGUGGCACUGCGGGGGCGUAACUCUAUAGCCGAGGCAGCGGCCGCCCAGCCGCCCAGCCGCUCCGUGUACGCGGAGCUUCUACAAUCUGCUGGAAACCCUACAGGGAGAGCAGCUGCGGUGGCUAUGGCGCGGCUCAGUCACCUGUAGGUCCCUACCCCGAGACGUGCGUGAAACCCUAGACUCUUCACUCACUCUCGGGUGGUGGUAGAUGGCGGGGGAGUUGGGUCAGCAGACAGUGGAGCUGGGGACUGUGGCGCGGCAGGCGGCGGAGGAGUCCUACCUGGCGCUGCGUGAGCUCGUGGAGAAGUCGCGGGCGGGCGCCGAGGGGGAGGUAGCGCAGCAGAGGUCGGAUACUGAGAAGAAGAUCGACCUGCUCAAAUUCAUCGACCGCACCCGCCAGCGCAUGCUCCGGCUCCAUGUCCUCGCCAAGUGGUGCCAGCAGGUGCCCUUGCUUCAUUACUGCCAGCAACUUGCGUCAACUCUCUCCAGCCAUGAAACUUGCUUCAUCCAAACAGGCGAUUCACUGUUCUUUAUGCAUGAAGGAUUGCAGCAAGCUCGUGCUCCCAUUUUUGAUGUUUCAUCUGCGAUAGAAGUCAUACAUACAGGGAGCUAUAGGAGAUUGCCUAAAUCUGUAGAGGAAAUAGGUACUCAGAAUACACUUUUUCAAGAUGAGCGGAAGCCUACAUUGAAGAAAUUAAGCACCCUUGUGCGGGCAAAAUUACUUGAAACCCUAGUUCCUAAAGAAAUGUCUGAGGUUUCGGUGACUGAUGGAAUAGCCAAUGUACAGGUAGAUGGCGAAUUCAAAGUACUCCUUACGUUAGGUUACCGUGGGCACUUCUCGCUGUGGAGGAUAUUGCAUAUUGAGUUACUUGUUGGUGAGAACACCGGGCCUAUUAAGCUUGAAGAGACAAGAAGGUAUGUUCUGGGUGAUGACAUCGAACGGAGAAUGGCUGUGGCUGACAAUCCCCUCACAAUUUUGUAUACAAUUCUCCAUGAGCUAUGCAUCUCUUUUGUUAUGGAUACCGUAAUUAGACAGACUAAUGUUCUACGACAAGGUAGAUGGAAAGAGGCAAUAAAAUCUGAACUUGUCUCGGAUAGUCAUAGAAGUGCAGGACAAGGUGGGAAUAAUGCUCCAACGCAGCUUGGUCAAGAUGGAGAGCUCGAUUCAAGUGGGUUCAGGAUACCUGGUUUGAAAAUAAAUUAUUGGCUGGAUGAAAGAAACAGUGGGUCAGCAGAAUCUGAUUCAUCUCCAUUUAUUAAAGUUGAGGCACUGCAAGAUAUGCAGAUAAAGUGUCAGCACAGUUCAUUUGUAUUGGAUCCACUUACAGAUAAAGAAGCUGAUCUUUCUCUUGAUCUGAGCUGCAUUGAUGUUGAGGCAAUCAUUUUGAAAGCAAUUGCUUGCAAUAGACACACACGUCUUCUGGAAAUUCAGAGGGAGUUGAAAAAAAAUACUCGGAUUUCUCGAUCCCCAACUGAUGUUGUCCUGAAACGGAAAGAAGUUCAUAUGGACGUCCUGCAAAAGAGAGUGGAUAGAAGGGGCUUCGAGAAUUGUUGUACAAAUGAAGUGCUUCAGGUUAGGGCAUAUGGAAAAUCGUAUAUUCACCUGGGAAUAAAUAUCAGGAGUGGUGGCUUUCUCCUGCAAUCACCAAAAAAUAUAUUACCACCUUCUGCGGUAUUAGACUCUGAAGAAGCCCUUAAUAAACGGAGCAUAACACCCACUGAGGUCUUCGUGAGCUUAAAGACCAGAAGCAUCCUUCAGUUGUUUGCUGCGACAGGAAGGUUUUUGGGCGUGAAGGUUUACUCCGAGUGUCAGAUUACUCUGAAGAUACCAAAAUCCAUACUGUAUGGUUCAGAUUUUAUGGUUAUGGGAUUUCCUUGGCGUACAAAUGCCUAUUAUCUUCUGAUGCAACUUGAUGACAACCUCAUGCCGGUUUUUUAUUUGCUUGAGGUGCAUAUUGACGGAGAAGACAGGUCUAACAUUGAUACAACCACUGACGCUAAAGAAGUUGUAAGGUUUAACAGAAUUGACAUUGGCCAGAUGCAACUAGGUGAAGAUGAAUGCAUUGCAAAUCUUCUCGAUGUAGAGAAAUUGCAGGUGCUACAAAGCAUGGAAGAUGGGUCUCCCGGGCAUAGUGAAAUUGAUGAGUCUCUUCCUCUAAAGCCUUCAUUUUCUUCUGUUGUUAACGCAGUAUUAGGAUAUGAGCGAGAUUCUCCAAGUAAGGAAAAUUGGCUGUCUUAUAGUUCGCCCUCAACUCAUUUGAGUUCUCAAAAAGUUGGCCGUCAGGGGGUUAGCAGUAGAGCUGGCCCACCUGAACUGGAUGACGAGUUACUACAUUCUAACAUUGACACAGCAAAAGUCGCUUCUGGUGUCACUUUGGACAGUUAUCUGCUGAGUAAUUCGAAGUCUGCAAAUAGUACAGAGACCUCCGUUUCGGUCCCUGCAGGUUUGGAGAAUAUCUCCGCUUUACGCUCUGAAGUUCCAUCUGGAAAGAGAUAUCUUUCAGAGUUCUUGUUGAACAUCCCAUCAUUACAGCGAUCAAUAAUCAGUGGUGGGCCAAGAAAGAGAAGAAAACUGCCAGAAGAUGCAAGCAGCGUGCAAUCUCGAACAACCCUCACCUAUGGAACUAUACUGAGAGAAGGAAAUUGUUGUAUUACAGAAAAUAUAUAUGCUUCUGUGCUUCUUCAAGUCAUAAAGCAUUGUUCGCUUCGUAUCAAAUAUGCUCAACUGACUACCCAGAUGAAUUCUCUUAACAUUCCAUAUGUAGAAGAAGUUGGUCUGGGGACACCCUCCUCUAAUCUUUGGUUACGGCUACCUUUUGCUCAAGAUGGUUCUUGGAAACACACAUGCUUACGUCUCGGUGAAGCUGGAAGCAUGUCAUGGGGUGUUAGGAUCAACGAUCCAUAUUAUGGUGCACUGUGGGAACUUCAUGGAGGCAGCAAUACUACAGAAUGGGGUUCUCAUGUUCGCAUUGCAAACACUUCUGAGAUGGAUUCACACAUCUCUUUUGACUAUGAUGGGGUCACCUUGACUUACAACUCUGUUGAGGCUGAUAGUAUACAGCGGCUUGUCUCAGAAUUACGACGACUUUCAAAUGCUCGUGUAUUUGCUUGUGGAAUGCGGAGGUUGGUUCGUAUUAAAGUAGAUGAGAAAUUAGUUGAGAAUCAGUUAGCUACAAAGGCAAAGUUACAUGCAAGAAAAGGUUUCAGGAACAGGUUAUCGGACCAGAUGGCUAAAAAUUUCCGGAUUAACGCUGUUGGUUUGAUGAACUUGUGGUUCAGUUAUGGUGCCAAUGCCAUGCCCAUGGUUCACUUUGUUGUCGAGUGGGAUGCCAGUAAGGCUGGUUGCACAAUGCGUAUUUCACCAGAUCAUCUUUGGCCACACACAAAGUUUUUGGAGGAUUUUGUGAAUUGCAAUGAGGUAGCAUCAUUUUUGGAUUGUAUCAGACUGACAGCAGGUCCUUUACUUUCCCUUGGUGGUGCAAUUCGUCCUGCAAAGAUGCCUGCUGUCCCUGCUGUUUGCGGUUCUGCACAAAAGCAAAACAAUGUUCUUUUGGCAAAUGGUUCAUCAUCAACUACUGUGCAUAUAAACAGUCAUGAUGCUCAGACUUCCUCUAUGCUCUCUGCUGUAGGCUGGACUGGUCAUGGACUAGUUCCUAGUUCUUUGAUGCCUUUUGAUGUUUCUGUUGUGCUCCGUGGGCCAUACUGGAUACGCAUUAUAUAUCGCAAUAAGUUCUCUGUUGACAUGCGCUGCUUUGCUGGGGAUCAGGUCUGGCUGCAGCCAGCAACCCCUCCAAAAGGUGGGCCUUCAAUUGGUGGAUCUUUACCUUGUCCACAAUUUCGACCAUUCAUAAUGGAACAUGUUGCUCAGGGUCUAAAUACUCUUGAGCCGAGCUUUCUGAAUGCUAGACAUACUAGUGCCAAUACUUCAUCUGGAAGUCAACAGGUAGAUACUACUAUGAAUCGCUUGAGUGGUGGUACUCCUGGGGAAAUUAAGCUAACUUCAGGUGUUGGUUGUCAGAUAGCAGCUAGUGUGAGUAGAGCAGGCAAUGCCACGCUACCUUCAGGAGACGGAGCUCCUGCACACCUUUCUCCUGACACUAACCUUCCUGUGCAUAUGAAAGGAGAAUUGAACACAGCUUUUAUCGGGCUUGGAGAUGAUGGUGGCUAUGGUGGUGGCUGGGUCCCUCAUGCUGCUCUUAAGAAGGUGUUGCGAGGCAUUCUCAAGUACCUUGGAGUUCUAUGGUUGUUUGCGCAAUUGCGUGAUAUUCUGAAAGAUAUAUUGGGGUCAGUUUUGAAAGAUAAUGAAGGUGCACUUCUGAAUUUGGAUCAAGAACAGCCAGCGUUGCGCUUCUUUGUGGGUGGUUAUGUCUUUGCAGUUAGUGUUCAGCGAGUUCAACUGCACCUUCAAGUUCUUAAUGUGAAGCGGUUUCACCACCAGCAACAGCAACAGCAAGCUCCUCAGAGCAGUGCUCAGGGAGAGCUAACACCAUCUGAGAUACAUGAGAUAUGCGAUUACUUUAGCAGAUGUGUUGUCUGUGAACCUUAUGAUGCUUCUAGGAUUGCUUCUUUUAUCAUGUUGCUUACUCUGCCCAUUUCAGUUAUACAAGAAUUUGUAAAACUAAUUACAUGGAAUAAAAGCUUGUCCGAGGCUCAUGGGGACAUCGCUGCUGCAGAGCGGGCACGGGCUGAACUUUGUUUGGAAAAGCAUCCAAGAUCAGUUUCAGAUGAUUAUACUGAACCUUCUUUAUUAUCCAAGAGUAAUAUUCAGCAUGACAGAGCCAACAAUUCAGUAGAUUUUACCCUAACUUUUGUGCUUGACCAUAAUCUUACACCACAUGUGAGGACAUCUGGUGGAGCUGCUUGGUUACCAUUUUGUGUUUCUCUGAGAUUAAGGUACACCUUUGGGGAUACUAGUCAUAUCGCAUACCUUGCAAUGGAUGGCAGCCAUGGUGGUAGAUCUUGCUGGUUGCAACACGAGGAUUGGGAGAGGUGUAAGCAGAGUGUUGUUAAAGCAGUGAAGAUGGUGAAUGGAUCGCCAGCAGGUGGAGAGACAAGCCGAGGAAGGCUGCAAAUGGUUGCUGAAAUGGUCCAAAAGCAACUGCAACUGUGCCUAGUGCAUUUAAGAGAUGGCUCGCUUUCUGCUGGCUCAACUCGACCAUGAAAUGCAUAUUUUGAAUUCUUGUAGCCAGACUAUGAGUUGUGUUUCUGGUAGUUGCUGACUUGCUCACUACUGAAUAAGUCACUAGAUGUUUGAUAAUAUGGUGGCUGACAUACUGGUGUUUUCAGCUGAGGGCUCAUGAUGUUCCAGUUAUUGGUUACUGGUACUCUAUGGUGACUCAUUGUUUGUUUUGUACAGCUCACCUUUGUAGCUAGUGUGCUGCUGAUUAGACCUUAGAACCCCUGAAAAGCAUGUUUGUGGAAGAUGUACAUCUCAGCUCUCAGGACAACAAGCAGCAGCCUGUGUUGCCCACUGUCCCUCUCUGCAGUAGCAAUGUCCCCAUGAACCUUAGAACCCAGACACAGAGGACUUGCCUAGUCUUUGCUUUGGCAGGAAUUGGAUUUAGAUUUGAGAUGCAGGGGAGGCGUGACGCGGACUGCGAUGGAGCUUGCAAAGUGUUAGGGGGUAGGGUCGAACACUCGGUGUAUGCCAGAAUCUGACACAGGCUAUGGCAGAGCUGAAAAGGGAACACAGUGGAAAGUUUUGGUUUCACUUCAUGGUCUCCGACUCUGGUCUUCCCCUUAUGUUUCCUCUCUUCCAUGAAAUCGACCCCGGUGAACUGUUGAAAACCUUGUAGAUUUGAAGGUGUCUGCUUGGUUUGAUACCCACAAGGAAGGCACAACGGCUAUGUUUGGUUUGAUCACCGAUAUGCAUGUGAUGGUAGACUUGUUUCGAAGAUGCAAACUUAUGUUGCAUGUAUUGUUGACAAUUCAGAAAGAGUGGAGAUAAAUUCCCAUUUUUUUCUUGGAUAUAUUGUUUCCUAAGGUGCAGGCUGUUCUGCAAGCUUGGUUUGGCUGUGAGUGCUUAGAUUCAGACUACCCAUAUGGGAGUUACUUAGACUAAUAACAUGCAUAUGUUACUAGUCUAUGUUACUAUGAGAGUAACAUAUUUGUGGUGUCAUGCAACCAUUUAUUUAUUAGCUUGUAGACAUAUUUUGUCUUCAUAUGUGUGAUUUUACCCAUAGUGUUA